CUGAGACCCGUGACAUCCUACGCCCGGGAUCCACGCGGGAGGUGCGACUGUGAAGAGCGGGCGUCGGGGCCCCGCUGCAGAAACUGCCUCACAGGCUGGAAGCCUGGGGGGUCUUCGGGCGAGUGACUGCGGACGCUAAUACAAAGCCGUGUACGCAGACCCAGGCCUGCCAAGGCGUCCUCACCUCCCACCGGAAACACUCCAAAUAGGGGCCCCCGAUUCCCAAAGGCCUCCCGCCAGCCCUUGUCAAAGAUGGCGCCGCCGACCGACGGGCCUCCCUUUCCAGGAACUAAAUAAAAAAGCCCUGUUAGCAGGAAGAUGGAAGCACAAGUUAGUCGUAUUUUCCCCGUUCUCGCCGAAAGCGCCUCGGCCUUCAGCGUCAUUCUUCUGGGUUCCCAGGAAGUCGUACCCUCCCGCCCGCAUCAAGAUGGAGCCGACGGAAGUGGGGCGGAUCAGGGGCUGGGCGAGCGGAGGGUCUGGAGGGCCACUUCCGCCCCUCACCAGCAUGGCCGCGGGCCGGGAGCGCGCAUGCGCAGCUGUCCAUGGAGCGGCCCGAAUUCCGAGAGGAGCGCUGUCCCGGAGAGUCGGCGGCUGAGGCGGCGGAGGCUGGGGGGCUGCCCCAUUUCCUGGAGCCACUGCGGACGCCCUGAUUUUCGCCGGGACGCAGCCCUUGGGCCCGCGAGGCAGGAGACCCGAGGACCCCGCAGCAGGACCCGCCCCUCGGAUGCGCCCCCUCACGGAGAGAUGAAGGGGCAGCAGAAAACAGCUGAAGCCGAAGAGGGGACAGUGCAGAUCCAGGAAGGUGCAGUAGCAACUGGGGAGGACCCGACCAGCGUGGCUAUCGCCAGCAUCCAGUCAGCUGCCACCUUCCCUGACCCCAACGUCAAGUACGUCUUCCGAACUGAGAAUGGGGGCCAGGUGAUGUACAGGGUGAUCCAGGUGUCUGAGGGGCAGCUGGAUGGCCAGACUGAGGGGACUGGCGCCAUCAGUGGCUACCCUGCCACUCAGUCCAUGACCCAGGCGGUGAUCCAAGGCGCGUUCACCAGCGACGAUGCAGUUGACGCGGAGGGGACAGCGGGCGAGACGCACUACACUUACUUCCCCAGCACGGCCGUGGGCGACGGGGCGGCGGGGGCCACGUCUGGGAGCGCGGCAGCUGUUGUCACCACCCAGGGCUCGGAGGCCCUGCUGGGACAGGCCACGCCGCCCAGCACUGGCCAGUUCUUUGUGAUGAUGUCACCGCAGGAAGUGCUGCAGGGGGGGAGCCAACGCUCCAUCGCCCCCAGGACCCACCCUUACUCCCCGAAGUCAGAAGCCCCCCGGACGACUCGGGAUGAGAAGCGCCGGGCUCAGCACAAUGAAGUGGAGCGGCGCCGCCGAGACAAGAUCAACAACUGGAUUGUGCAGCUGUCCAAGAUCAUCCCAGACUGCUCCAUGGAGAGCACCAAGUCGGGCCAGAGUAAAGGCGGGAUCCUGUCCAAAGCGUGCGACUACAUCCAGGAGCUUCGGCAGAGCAACCACCGGCUGUCCGAAGAGCUGCAGGGGCUCGACCAGCUGCAGCUGGACAACGACGUGCUUCGCCAGCAGGUGGAAGACCUCAAAAACAAGAACCUGCUGCUGCGGGCCCAGCUGCGGCACCACGGUGUGGAGGUGGUCAUCAAGAACGACAGCAACUGACCGGCUCUCCCUGUCCCAGAACGGCAGAAAGCCCUGGAGCCGCAGGCCACCCUGUGCCCCCUUCCUUCACUGCCCAUUCCUGGCAAGAGACUGGGAGGAGUUCAGGACAGCAGCCAGCGUGCAGCGGCGACACAUGGGACGUGUCCUGGCAGCCUGGCCCAGCCCGCGGCGCAGCCCCGGCCCCUCUCGCGGAGCCUGCGCUUGUCCGUGGUGGAUACUGGACCCACGAAGUGGGGCUUGCCUGGUGGCGGUGACAGGACCGGCAGAGGACCUGCUGGCGGUGCCGCCCCGGCGGCCGGGACUCGGCGCUUCCGCCGGCCCCUCUCCCUGGAGCCCGGGGGCUGUGCUGCCGAGUGCGCAGGGCACAGGCUUCCGCCAGAAGUGGGGGGACGCAGCAGUGGCCGCUGCCCGGGAAGAGAGGGUUGGGCGGCCGCUGGGAGCUGCGCGGACGUCCGGGGAGAACCACCGACGGGGCCCACGUGCGGCUUCCCUCCUUGGGGGACGGUUUCCCCCCCCCCCCCUUUCUCUUUUCCUUUUUUUUAAAGAUUA